AUCAUUUCACCGUUACGUGGUGUUAGUGUUUGAAUGUCCAUGACGAAAUGAUUUUAUCGAGUCUAUUCUAUCUUUAGUCAAUGUCCGUAUAUUUAAAAAAAUCAUCGUAACUUUGUUUUCUUUUCUUUUUUAUUUAACUACAAUCAUGUUGUUACUUUCCAUAAUUGGAAGUGUUAGUAUAAAUUUUAAAAAGUGGAGAAGAUAAUUUUAUCUAUUAUGAUGACAUGUAUGAACUAAUAAUGAUUACCUUUUCUCCUCGUUUACCAAAAUCUGGUGAAACAAUAAUUGGUAAUAGAUAUGAAAUAAAGUAUGGUGGAAAAGGUGCUAAUCAGUGUGUAGCUGCUAGUAAACUUGGUGCUGCUACAGCAAUCAUUGCUUCUGUAUGGUUAGGUUCUGAUAUUUAUGGCCAAGAGUAUUUAAAAAUAUUUAAGGAAGAAAACAUAGAUGCUUCUCAUGUUCAAAUACAACCAAACCAUCAUAGUGGAAUAGCACAUAUUACUGUUGCAGAGAAUGGCGAAAACAGCAUAGUAAUUGUAUUAGGAUCGAACGCGUUGAUGAGUAUCAACCAUGUGGACUCAGCAACCAACAUGAUUAAGAAUGCUGCCGUUUUAUUAUGCCAAUUUGAGAUACCCUUAGAAACCACUCUACAUGCUUUGAAGAUUUUCAAAGGCCACGACGGAAGUUAUAACUGGAGUGCAGCUACAGGGACCAUUAAGUAUACAGCAGGCUAUUGUAAAAUUGUUGGAUAAAGGUUGUAAUACAGUGAUUAUUACUCUUGGAGAACAGGGUGCUGUGUACGCGUCUCAGGAAGACAGAACAGUUAAAAAAGUCUGUACCACUCGCGUUCAAGCUGUGGAUACAACGGGAGCUGGAGAUGCAUUUCUGGGCGCUUUUGCAUAUUUUAAAGCUUAUCACCCAACGCUUUCGAUGGACGAGUGCAUCCGAAGAGCUUGCGUCGUUGCCACGGAAUCCGUGUUGAAAUUUGGCACACAUGCGAGUUUUCCGAACAGGAGCAGUCUGUCACCGGAUCUAUUCGCUUGAAUUAAUAAAAAUCUUGUACAUUCUAUAAAAACGAUACAUUCUUAUAACUUCUGUUAAAUUUUGAUAAUGAGGAAAUACUGUUACUAUAAAUAAACAAAGUAAGAAAGAGCGAUGAUUUAUUUUGUGUAGAAUAUAAUUCAGUUUGUUCUCACUUGUUGUCGCAUUCGAUAAUAAAAAACGAAGCAAUCCUUUUGCGGAGUAACAUUUUUUAUUUUAUGACUUUUUUCUUUGUAUUACUCACAUUACGAUAAUUAAUAAUUCUAUCCCCUAAAUUUCUGAAAUAUUGAAAAAUUUCUUUUACGAGGAUGACAUACAAAUUCUAAGAACUCCCUCUCAUCCCAUAGUUUUCCUCAUCCCAUAAAACAAUCUGAUAGUAGACCUCGAUUUAUAUUCGGCGAUAUUAAUGUAAAUUAUAUAGAUAAAAAUCUUCGGUAUUUCGAUCUGAUUUCCGGCAAAAGAUGGUGAUUCAUAUUUUUAGAAAAAAUCGCACACUCUUCUGACUUUCACUGGUCGUCGAGACUGUGCACGCGUCUUUAUAAAAAAAGAAAAAGAAACUUGUUCUAUACAAGUAACGAGCGAAAAAUCACGGGAAAGAUUAAACUCCGAUUGCUGCCAAUUUUAAAUUACGCUAAAUUGCAACAUCGGAAAAUAAAUAAUAAAAUUGAUUGUAAAACGAACGGAUUCAUAAAAUGGUCAAGAUCUUCGAUGUCUCACGUGACGUUUACGCGACAAGAUUCUUGGUAUUCCCCGACCGAGAAAAACGACUGAGAGAAUGAGUGGUACAUUGCGAGUGGUAGAUGUUGAGAAUCAUCGGGAUCAAAUUUGCUCAUUAUUUUUACGUAAAAAAAUGGGAAAGUGUCUGGUUGUUGGAGUUCCUGAUCCACCUAAAUCUGGCGUUAUUAACCGAUCAAUCUGUUCUGUGGUAACUCUCGAUCACGAUUGACACCGUCUGCGUAAGAAAUGAAAUGUGUGUCGUACGUAAAUACCAACAGAGAAAAGAUUCGCUUGAUUUGCUUGGUAUCCAUCAUUCAGGCCACCUCUGUUGAGGAAUCAUGAUCCACCAUCUCCCGCUUUUCCCAUUUUCCGCGAACGUGCGGGCUGAUGCCAGCCGGUUGGCCAUUUUUCUUCCUCCAUAGAUGGACGGUGACGUCCGUGCCGGAAAACACCGCUAUAUUACAUAUUUAAGGGAACGCGUGUUGCUGCAAGAGGAAAUGAAACAGUGCCCCCGUUGACGUCAACGGUCAAUAACGAAGAAAGCACCACGAUGGGAAACUAGGUACCUCCUGGCGCGGCACAGGGGAUUGGUCACUCUCAAGGUGGAGAUGCGGUGGCUACCACCCACGUUUUCUCUACCUUAAAACUCCAGCGAGACAGGGAGAGUUCACUCAGUUUUCAGUAAACCACCAGGAGCGAUUCAAGCCUCCAGAUAUAUCCGAGGACCAUACUCUUGUAUACCGAGGAUUAUUCUCGAUUAAUUCCAACGUUUGCUGGCUAAUAAUGAGAGUAUUUCAGUAAAAACGAGUAUCGGACGAGAAUCUUGAUCGAAAGUAUUCUUUGGAUGAACUGAGCGGUGUUCGUAUUUUACCAUUGUUUCCAAUCCAACAAAUCGGAUUCAAUCAAAUUUGGAAUCAUGUCGCUAUACGCCAUCGUGGGGAUCCUCGUUUGCAUUUUGCUAGUGAACUUCACAGAGAAAGAAUUGAUCGAGGCCAGGAGAAUAGAAUCGGGGAGGUUCCACGUUCGCCAUAAGGGUAUCCAUCUACGUAAGAUACGUCAUUUGCUCGAGUCUAGUAAUCGAGGGAGGACGAAGAGUUCGUCGACAAGCGACGACGUAUCGAUGAAUUCGACGAUCACUCCACGACAACGACGUAAUUUUGAAAUAGACGACAUGUACGAGAUACACGUGAGCAAGUUGCAGAACGCGUCCAUCUGCAGCUACACGAUCGAGCCAGUCGGCGAGGAGUUUGACAAUCAGAUACUGAAGAAUCUGCAUCACAUCAAGUGCAAGAACAACCGUGGUGACAGGUGUCAGAGCAACAAGCCUCAUUGUUGCAUACAGACCUAUGAUGAUAUAGAUCUCUCUAUCCCGGGUAAAGCGAACGAGAUGAUAAGGAUCUACACCGGAUGCGUAUGUGCACACCCUCGUAUGAUCAAAGCGAAAGAUCAUAACAUGAGAGAAUUGGAUUAACAACAAUAAACUUUAAUAAAGUCAAUAUUGAAAUAGACGCGAACGCGUUAAACAGAGGUUCCUGUAGGUAACGAUUCGAUUGUUUUUAAUAUUCAUUAGUGUCGACAAUACGACAUUCAGUGAUUUAAAAAAAAAAAAAGUACGCUUAAUAUACGACAUAGAACAGUUGCUAACUACAGUUAUUAACUCUACACUAAUUCAGAGUUAGUAAAUACGCGUUAAAUAUCUUGUUAGAUAUUAAGAACUUUAACUUUAUUGUUAGUUACGAUUUCUCUGUCCAGAUCUGUAUUAGGUGAAUGACUAGUUUUUUUUAUUAAACGAUUUAGCUUGACAGCUAGCUAUAGAUAGUAUAAUCAAUGUUGGAAGCCAAUUAUAAUUGCAGAUAAUCCGCAAAUAAACGUGGAAUGCUUAAUGACGUCUGGACACGGGGAAUCUCGAUUUGCUCAAUACUCAAUGUUCCAUAGAUAACUACAUCCUCGUAAUAUUAUGUAAUAAGAUAUUAUCUUCUGCAUCGAUUAUUUACUUCUGUUGUUAAAUAAUGUGCGUCACACUAUCAUUUUCUUUUUCUAAACAUCAUUAUUAUUCAAACUAUUUAUUAUUUUCUUAUUUACUUUUUGUACAAUAAUAGAUAUUGUCGUAUAGUCAUAAGAUUAUACAAUUGUUGUAACUUUUUACAGAACAAAAUCAAUGUUCAAAAUUUCUACAUUGUAUCAAGAACACACGUAAACAUAAAGAACACACAUAUCUACUAACACAUUUAUACUACGAUCUUUUUAUCCGAAGUAUUAUAUUUUGUAUGAUGUUAUAUUAUGACAAAAGUAUAUUUCUUAAAACGAU